CCUCUUCUUAGCACUCGCUGGGCGGGGAGGAAACAGCCGGAGCUUCCCAAGUAGUGCACCUUGUGCAUCUAUCUCAGGUAGCCUCCUGAUGCCUGAGAACAGCUCAGUCGCCAACUGCUGCGCGGCCAGCGGGCUGGCAGCACGCCCUAGCUGGUCCGGGUCAGCGGGAGCAGGGCUCCCUGGGACUCCCCGGGCACCCUGGGUGGCUCCCAUGCUAUUUACAGUAGUCGUUAUCACCACAGCCGUGGACUUCGUGGGGAACCUGCUUGUCAUCCUCUCAGUGCUCAGGAACCGCAAGCUGCAGAACGCAGGUAAUUUGUUUGUGGUGAGUCUGGCCUUGGCUGACCUGGUGGUAGCCUUGUACCCUUACCCACUGAUCCUUGUGGCCAUUAUCCAUGAUGGUUGGGUCCUUGGGGAGGCCCACUGCAAGGCCAGUGCCUUUGUGAUGGGCCUGAGUGUCAUUGGCUCUGUCUUCAACAUCACAGCCAUUGCCAUCAACCGCUACUGGUGCAUCUGUCACAGUGCCACCUAUCACCGGGUAUGCAGUCAUUGGCAUGCUCCCGUCUACAUCAGCCUCGUCUGGCUCCUCACUCUGGUGGCUUUGGUGCCCAAUUUCUUUGUGGGGUCUUUAGAGUAUGACCCACGCAUCUAUUCCUGCACCUUCAUCCAGACAGCCAGCACACAGUACACUGCAGCUGUGGUGACCAUCCACUUCCUCCUUCCAAUCGCUGUGGUGUCCUUCUGCUACCUGCGAAUCUGGGUACUGGUGCUCCAGGCCCGAAGGAAGGCCAAGGCUGAGAGGAAGCUGCGUCUGAGACCCAGUAAUUUGCGCAGUUUCCUAACCAUGUUCGCAGUAUUUGUGGUUUUUGCUAUAUGUUGGGCCCCCCUCAACUGUAUUGGCCUUGCAGUGGCCAUCAACCGAGAGGCAAUGGCUCUCCAGGUCCCAGAAGGGCUCUUUGUCACCAGUUACUUCCUAGCUUACUUUAACAGCUGCCUUAAUGCCCUCAUUUAUGGGCUUCUGAACCAGAACUUCCGCAGGGAGUACAAGAGCAUCCUCUCGGCCCUCUGGAACACUGGGCACUGCUUCCAGGAUCCUUCCAGAGGCUGCCUUACUGCGGAGUUGCAGGGCCCGGUGCCACCUGCUGCCAGGGCUACCUUGCCUGUCCAGAAAGACGCUCUCUAGCCUGCAUUCAGCUCGGUGGACCUAGUAGCAAACCUGUGCAAUGAGCAGAGUGGAGUCGCUGUCAGUGCUGCGCAACAACAUGCUCACGCUGAUUCCUACAACUGGUGAACUCAACUGACUACUAGUGCAAACCUGCAGACACUCCUACUGGCAGAUUAGGCACUGGAUUCCAGUUGGCUAGGGCAGAAGUCAAGCCCUACCUAUGAGAAGUCAUUUUCCCUGCCACCUUGAUCUGUUAAGAGAUCUCUUUUGAUUACCUGUGCUGAAAGAUCAAAAUCUGCAGUAUUGAAGGUUUUGAGACCAGUAUCCCAGAGAACAAAGGAAUGUGGGGAGAGCCAGAGCAUCAAGCAAUGUUCAUCCGCCAUGGAAUGGUCUCAGACCACUGGACCUGAGUUUAAAUACAGGCAGUUCUCUUCAAACAGUGAGGAGAUGAAUCACGUUCUGCUUGAUGGACUCAACAGUCUCUGCAGAGAUGCUUCCCAGCCAUUUUCCUUCUCUGAUCUUUCUUGGAAUGCCUCCAUUUUGAGAAGUUUCCUCUUUAGGAAACCCUCAGCCUUCAAGGGACUUCAAGUUCAGGUGCAGACUUCUGACUGGUUGACAUAGAUGGUCAUCCACCAUUUUGGCCUCCAUGGAUCAUGACACAUACACACACACACACACACACACACACACACA